CAAUCACUCUGCAUUUGCUGAAGGGCACAGCGGCUUCAAACCCUCAACCGUCGGCUCCUGCGCAGACAUGUCCUCCACCAGUGAAAGGAGCUCUGAGGAGACGUUCCUAUGCUCCAUCUGUCUGGAGAUGUUCUCUGAGCCAGUGACCACUCCAUGUGGACACAACUUCUGUCGACACUGCAUCUCUCAGGCCUGGGACACUGAUGGGCGCUGCACAUGUCCUCUGUGUAAAAGGAGCUACAGCACAAGACCUGAGCUCAGUGUGAAUACUCUGCUCAAGGAGAUGGUUUCUCAGUUUAAAUUAGAGAAGGAAAAGUCUAAGUCACAAGUGUCCAAACCUGGAGAGGUGAAGUGUGACCUUUGCUCUGAGCCCAAGCUGGAGGCCCUCAAGUCCUGCCUGGUGUGUCUGUCCUCCUUCUGUGAGAGCCACCUCCAGCCUCAUCUCACAGUCUCUGGGCUGAAAAAACACCAGCUGACAGAGCCUGUGGAAAACCUGGAAGACAAGAUGUGUCCUAUUCACCAGCGCCCCCUGGAGCUCUUCUGUGACACUGAUGAGAAGAGCGUGUGCAUGAUGUGCUCUGUUCUAGAGCACAAGGACCAUAAGUUCUUGUCUUUACAGGAGGCAUGUGACCGCAGGAGGUCCUCUAUGCUGCAAACUCAGUCUCAGAGCCUGGACAUGGUGAAGCUGAGGAAGCAAAAGAUCCAGGAGAUCCUGAAGCUGAGUGAAACAGCAUUCCUCAAAGAGAAGACUGCGGGGCUGCAGGCCUUCACUGCUCUCAUGCAGUGUGUUCAGCGGCAUAAGGACCUCUUCUUAAAGAAGCUCGAGGAGAAGCAGAGUGGGAACGAAAGACGAGCUCAGGAUCUGGUGAAGCAGCUGGAAAAGGAGAUCCAUGAUCUGGAGCAGAGCUGCUCUGAGGCUAAACGUCUCUCACACUAUAAUGACCCCCUCCACUUUCUUCAGGGCCCUGCACCCACGAUCCCCGCUGGCCUGAAGAACUGGAGCAGUGUGAGGUUUGAGCCGGAGACGUGUGAGGGCAGUGUGACCCGGGCUCUGUUGGAGCUGGAGAACAGUCUCUCUGAGGAGUUUAAACAGAUUAGGACACCCGAGUGGAGCAGAGUGAAGCAGUGUCCGGUGGAGGAUAAUAUAGUGCGAUCAAAAGUUCUGGCAUUAACUAAACAGAACCCACCUAUACCCCCUUGUCUUUCACCUAAACCCCCCCGGGUCUCACCUCCUUCCUCACGCAAACUCCCCCCUGCUCUGCCUUUUCAGGUCUCACCUCCUUCCUCACGCAAACUCCCCCCUGCUCCGCCUUUUCAGGUCUCACCUCCUUCCUCACGCAAACCUGCCCCUGCUACGCCUCCUCACCGCUCGCUGGGUCGCUCACCUAAACCCCCCGAUUUUAAAAAAUGAUUUUAUUUUCUUCUUUUAAUCUUGAUUUUAUGUUUUUAACUGAAACAUGGCUCAACAAAAACACAGGUAAUCAAAUUAUAAUGGAAUCAACUCCACCCAACUUCAAAUUUGAAUCUGAAACACGAGUAAACAAAAAAAGGGUGGAGGUGUGUAUCACAUCUCAUCAUUUGGGGUGUUUUCAUCUUUGAGUAUGUUUCAUUUAAAAUGGAGCUAAAACAAUCCCCCUCCAUACUCUACUUAGUCAUAUACAAACCUCCCCAGCACUGUCUGAGUUUUAUUGAUGAUUUUACUGAGAUGUUUUCAGUCGUAUGCACAGACUUUGAUGGUUUAGUCAUUACAGGUGAUUUUAAUGUACAUGUGGAUAAUGUGUUUGACAGAAACACUAAAGAGCUCAGUUCUGUCCAUGAAACCUUUGGUCUGACUCAGCAUGUCAGCGAGCCACAACAGAGGACACACUCUGGACCUGCUCAUCACAAAAGGAGUAAAUAUUUCAAAAGUCAAUGUGGUGGAUGUUGCUCUGUCUGAUCAUUUCUGUGUCUUCUUUGACCUGUCUGUUAUUCCCAAACCAGCGGCUGGUCCUGCAGUUGUUCGAAGGAGACACAUAAAUGAUAAAACAGGUGCACUGUUCAUGGAAAUGAUUCACUUUGAAAAUGCCUCAUGUUCUGAUGAUGAUUUGUUGAACUCUGUAACUUCGAGUGUUUUGAAUGUUCUGGACACCAUUGCCCCGAUGAAAGUUAAAAUGGUUAAAGAUAAGCAGAAAGCGCCAUGGAGGAAUGAUGACUCGGUCAGGACACAGAAAAGGGAGUGCCGGAGGUGACUCUGGGUCCAGACAUGGCUAAUCCUCAUCUCGUUCUGUCUGCAGAUCUCAAACAGGUUUAUGAUAAUGGAAGCCGGUCCCAAACUCUCCUCGUCGAUUUGAGUUUGGUGGUGUUGUUUUAGGAAAACCGAUUUCUUCAGGCAGAUUUUAUUAUGAGGUUCAGGUCACAGGGAAAUAAAUAAAUAAAAUAAAUAAAUAACUGGACUUUAGGAGUGGCCCGAGAGUCCAUGGAAAGGGUGAAAUAGACGGGUGUAUCUGUCAAAUGUGGGAUGUGGUGCCUUGACUUAAGAAAAAGAGAUGAGUCCAGAGGUUGUACUGACCCAGAUUGGACCCGUGUGUCCCCUCUGAGAUCCUCAGAAGGUGGGGGUGUUUGUGGACUAUGAAAAGGGUCUGAUCUCCUUUUAUGAUGCAGAUUCUGCAGAUCUCUUCUACUUCACAAACUGCCGCUUCACAGAGAGGCUGUUUUCAUAUUUCAGUCCCUCUGAAGCAGGAACAAACUCCAGUGACAGUACAAAAGUUAACACUGCUGUACUUAAAGAGGAGUAUUUUAUGCAGAAUUUGAGAUCUAAUAAAGCUUCAAAUGUAGGGAUUUUGAUAAAGAUUUGUGCUGAAUUACUAUUGUUUUUCAUAACUGUUUUUAUUUGUAUAUUUUUGUUCGCUCAAAUUAUGAACGUGCAAAAAAAACUUUGACAUUUUCAGCAGGUCUCACACACUAAUACUUUUACUUUUCAGUCCUUUUCAGAAAUGUAGUGGAAUAGAAAGUACAGACACUGCUCUCAAAUGUACUGAGACAGUAUCUUUGCUCCCUGUUCUAAGUCACUCCCCCUUCAGAGCACUAUCACAGCACAAUCAGCUGCAUCUCACUAUGAAACUACUGCACAUCACAUCAGGUUUGUGAAGUUGUUGUGUACAGUUUUGUGUCACGUUUGUGUAUAUUUAUGGAGAAUUGUCGUGUGGGAGCAGUGGUGAAACUUAAAGUAGUAAAGUAUCUUUACUUUGAGUACAUUUUAAAGUGUAUACUUUUUACUUUUACUUCAGUAAAUUUGAGAGCAGUACUUUUUACUCCAUUACAUUUUUGAACUGGACUGAAAAGUAAAAGUAUUUUUUUAUGAUUGUGUGAUACCUGCUGAAUAGUGAGUUUAUUUUUAACACUUUCACAAUUUGAACAAACAAAAAUAUACAAACAAAAUAUGACAGAGAACAACAACUUUUAAUUUUUACUCUUUAAGUAUAUAUUUAAACAGGUACUUUAAUACUUUUACGUAAGUAGAUUUUUUCAUUAGAUACUUUUAAUUUUGUGUUUAGUGUACGGAGGGUUUGAAUCGGGCCCAGGCUUUUUGAUGAAGGAACGCUGUAAUUGAUUUUGCAAAACGUCUCCUCUUUAAGUAUAAUUUUGAGGUAUCUCUGCUUUAUGUAUGUACUUUUUACUGUGUAUUUUUUACUUUAUAUUUUGAACUGGACUGAAAAGUACCAAGUUCGUCUCCUUAUAGUUUGGAACCCGAGUUAUUUUAAGGACAAUAAGAAUUCACAGUGUAAUGUUCAUCUGAAUCUCUGCGGUGAUGUAAAUAAACACUUAAAUGGC